GAGAGAACAGGACGGCCGCGCCAGGCGAGCAGCUGCGCUUUUGCGCAAAGGCGCUAGAGGACAAGCUCCGUCCAGCUUGUCCAGGCGGAGGCGAAUUGAAAAGGUAACGGCUCCUCAGCCAAGGAGCUGCAGAGAGGGACUUCCAGCUAUUGUCCCCCUGGAGAUCAGUCAGCGGAGAACCACCCACGGUGCCCCCCCCUCCCCAGUGCCUCUGCCUGGGAUCCCGCCAGCCGCGCUUCUUGCUUGCCUGGAUGGUCCUUGCUUGGAGGGCAAACCGAGGCUGAUGUGCGGCGGCUGGAGAGAGAGGAGGAGCUCUCCGGCCCUGGAGGAAUGAGAGGAGCCUCCUAACUAAGCCGAUCCUGCCCUUGAGCCGCGCUGCAGCCAGUUGGGCGCUGCUGGUUUCCUCGGUCGCUUUGGAGAGGGCGCAUCCGGAAAGGUGGGCAGGAGAAGGGAGUUCACCAUGGCCUUGGCAGACAAUGCAAGUUGUGCCAAACCCAGCGACGAUGCGGUUUUUCCAGAGAUCAUAGAGCUGAACGUGGGAGGGCAAGUCUACAUUACCCGCCACAACACUCUGGUCAGUGUCCCAGGAUCAUUGCUCUGGGAAAUGUUCACACAGAAGAAUAUCCGUUCCUUAGCCCGGGACAACAAGGGUAGGUUCUUCGUAGACCGUGAUGGCUUCCUGUUCCGCUAUAUCUUGGACUAUAUGAGGGACCAGCAACUUGUGCUUCCAGAGCACUUUCCAGAGCGAAGUCGUUUGCAGCGAGAAGCAGAGUACUUCAAGUUGCCAGAGUUGGUCAAGACCCUUGCUCCAAAGCUUAGCAAGCAGAACUCCAUUGGGGACGAGCCCUGCCAAAGUGACCCAGAGGAGCUGUCCCCUAGUAUGGACACUGCCCGCAACCUGGCUGCUGCCAGUGCCAUCCUGGGAGGUGCCCCUGGAGGCUCCAUCACAGCCACUGCUGGUGGCGGCACUGGGCAAGAUAUCCGGAGAUCAGGCUUCAUCACCAUUGGCUACCGGGGCUCCUACACUCUUGGCAGAGACAGCCAAACAGAUGCCAAAUUCCGCAGGGUGGCCAGGAUCAUGGUGUGUGGUAAGACCUCCCUUGCCAAGGAAGUCUUUGGGGAGACGUUGAACGAGAGCAGGGACCCUGAUCGGCCGCCAGAGCGCUACACCUCCAGGUACUACCUCAAAUUCACCUUUCUGGAGCAAGCCUUUGAUAAACUGGCUGACUCUGGCUUCCACAUGGUGGCCUGCAACUCCACAGGGACCUGCGCCUUUGCCCACGAACAGACGGAUGACAAGAUCUGGACCUCUUACACCGAAUAUGUUUUCUACCGUGAGUGAUGCUUAAACCAAAACCAAACCAAACCGCACCAAAAGCCAAUUCUCCCUCGGUCCUUCCCAUGCCGCUGUUUCUUUAGAACAUAGAUAACCAUCAGAACCCUUGAACCUUGAAUUUUCUCUCCUUCCUCACUUUCCAAACUGAACCCUCUGUGGCUCCUCCCUGAACCGGUUCCCAAGUAAUGCUGAACCUUCUUUCCAGCAAUAGCCGACAGUAGCUAGCAACAUCCCCUGGAUCAUGGACUUGGACACUGUUGUGUGUGGGAAUGUCUUUAUAUUGGGGUUGGGGUUGGGUAAUCUGCCAGUAUUAACCAGCAGCGCAGUAUUACAUGGGGUGCCACUGGAGAGAGAUUUCUUUCCAUGCUCUGGGCAUGCUCCUUGCUCUUUGCUCUGCCUGUGCUGGAGGAAUAUGCUUAUACUUGCACUAAGAGAAUGCGGCAGGGAUCCGGGUCUGAAGGAUCCUGAUCUGACGGAGGGAUGAAAAAGGCAAAGGAAUCCUCCCUGCCACAGACAUAUUAACAAUAGCCUCUGUAAGCAGCUUAGCAUUUAGACUGCCCGUGCUUUGAAAGGUGAGUGAGCAAGUGUGUGUCCCGUAUCAUUGCACCCCCCACUAGACACAGCAGAAUGACAAAUGUUGCUGUUGCUCAAAGGGCUGAACCAGGUGAAUAACCCAGAUAGGGCCUGGGAACUCGGAUCUCUGCCUAACAUCUCUGAGAGUGACAGGGGGGGUGUUUUGGAGAUGAGAUCUAGCUCAUAGCCCUUCCUCACCUGCCCCUUCUGCCCUCCCCUCCAUUGGUCACCUUUCUUCCAGCUAUACCCAACGUGUCUGGCAAUUCUGGCUUGGGAAAAGCAGCUGAAGAAGUGGUAGGGGACAGGGGAGGGGAAUGCCCCCUUCCUUCCUGCUUCUCCCCUCCCAGUUGUUGUUUAGAAGAGAUCCAGGUUUCCCAGCUGCUGCCACGUAUCUCCUGUGGGGUCUGAGUCACUGUUGUUUUCAGACAGGAGUAGCAAGAGGGGUUUGCAGAUGGGCACUAAUGUGCGUCCUUAACUCCAAACACACACACAGAGUGUAUAUAUACCGGGGGUGGGCUAGGGUGGGCUGGGACCAGAGGUCGAACAGAAAGACUUGCACAGAAGAUGUCAUGGUAGUUCCUUAGGAAAGUUCCCCGUCCAGUUUGUCAUUGUCUUACCUUCACUUAGAGUAGGAAGAAAAGGCCAUCCAGCAAUUUCAAACAUCCUGGUUUGUCCAAGGAUUUUUGCAGCGAGUGGUGGCCCGAUGUGCCCGGAGCAAAGGGUUAUUUUAUUCACAGACUCAAACGGAAAAAAAAGAAAAGGAACAAAUGAUCUGGCUUGGGUGGUGAUGUAUGCAGAGCUGCAUUUCAAGUGUGUAGCACAGCACUGAGUGUUUGUGGGCCUGGGUUUGGUGGGGGGGAUGCUGCCUGGUUGGCUGGUGGGCGCUUUAGCAGGCCUGGGACUAUGUGUAAUAAAGGAACAAAAGAGA